AGUAAGAAGCUAACAAAAGAAUCAUCAGUAUAGCUAUGCAUGGCUACUCCUAAUCCAGAGCCAGUUUUUGUCAAAGAGCUAGCUGAUAAGUACAAGUGUAGUAUUUGUACUAACCUUCUGGAUACGCCAGUUUUAACUGAAUGCUGUGGACAGCAUUUUUGCAAAGCUUGUAUAGGAAAGUGGAUUAUCCGAAAAAAAAAAUCUAUUUGCCCUCAGUGUCGAGCAGAAAACUUCAAUAAGAUAGUUUCUCAGCCGAUAAUCAGAGAGAUCAAAGAGCUGGGAGUGUAUUGUACGAAUGAUAACAAUGGGUGUAAAGCGGUUAUCAAAUAUGGAGAUUUUCAGAAGCAUGUGGACGAGUGCCCGUUUGGAGUUGUUGAAUGCACCAACGAUUGUGGUAUGGGCAGAUUGCUAAGAAAAGACCUCGAACAACAUCGCAAACAAGUGUGUCCUAAUCGAAUAGUUCACUGUGAGCUUUGUAAUGAAGAGGGUAAGCAUUCGGUAAUAGUUGGAGAACACAUACAAACUUGCCCUAGCGUUAUUUUAGAAUGCCCUAACAAAUGCAACGAGAAAGUAAAGAGAAAAGAUAUCGAAGAGCACAGAAACGAGUGUACACUUGAGGAAGUGGACUGUCCUUUCAAAGAUAUUGGUUGUGAAGUGAGGCUGCCUCGUAAACGUGUUGAAAAGCAUGAAAUGACAAGCAUACAAAGCCAUCUUAGACUCAACAUGAAAGCUACAGCUACUGUCAAGAGAGAGAAUAAGGAACUAAAAAGAAGCAACGAUAAACUAAAAAAAAGCAACAAUGAACUAAAAGAAGACUUUGACACGAUUUUAUCAGUUGUAUCAACAGGGCUUAGUUCAAUGGACAUUCCCCCAAACAAUAGGAAACCCAUGAAUGGUAUUAAAACAAUACUAACCUCCCUAACCACAAUGAUUCAACCUGAUGGCAAGACCCGCUGUGUACACAUGAGCAACAAACUAGGAAUAUUCAGAGAUCCACAAUUAAAAGAGUUGUCUAGCCUUAUUCAAGUAAGUUCACCACCACUAUGCAUAUACCCGGGAUUCAACAUCUACGUUGCAUUUGGUAAUAAUAGUUUAAAUAAACUAUUUUUGCUUUUGUUGGAGAAAAGUGCUAUCCACGGUUACCCUGAGACACUGUCUAUUGAAGUGCAGUCUACAACAGGACCACCAUUCUCACGUUCCCUAAAUGACGUUUCAUCAACAACCCACCAAAGUGACUCGGGAAGAGAAUUUAGGAUCACUGACAUUUCUUAGAGCAAAGACAAUCUAUAGCAACUGUCGUAGAGGAGAGCCUUCUAAUGUGUAUAUAUACCACACUUGUGUUACUAGAAACAGCAAUGGUCAUUGUACA